GCUCGUGAGCCCACGGCAGCCCGGAGGAGGAGGAGGAGCCAGGACUGGUCGAGGGUGACCCGGGGAACGGCGCCAUUGAGGACCCGGAGCUGGAAGCGAUCAACACUCAAGUCAGGGAGAUGGAGGAAGAAGCUGAGAAGCUAAAGGAGCUACAGAACGAGGUAGAGAAGCAGAUGAAUAUGAGUCCACCUGCAGGCAGUGCUGGCCCAGUGAUCAUGUCCACUGAGAAGAAGAUGGAGGCUGAUGUCCGUUCCAUCUAUGUUGACCAUGUGGACUAUGGUGCAACAGCAGAAGAGCUGGAAGCACACUUUCAUGGCUGUGGUUCAGUCAACCGUGUUACUAUACUAUGUGACAAAUUUAGUGGUUAUCCCAAAGGGUUUGCAUAUAUAGAGGUCUCAGACAAAGAGCCAGUGAGGACUUCCUUGGCCUUAGAUGAGUCCCUAUUUAGAGGAAGACAAAUCAAGGUGAUCCCAAAACGAACCAACAAACCAGCUAUCAGCACAACAGACCAGGGUUUCCCACGAGCCCGAUACCGUGCCCGGACCACCAAUUACAACAGUUCCCGCUCUCGAUUCUACAGUGGUUUUAACAGCAGACCCUGGGGUCCUGACUACAGGGGCCAGGCUAGAGUGACAUCAUGGUAUUCCCCUUACUAA